CUGUUCCCAUUUUUUACCUGGUCUCUUCAUGAAAGAACCAUUUUGGGGUUUCUACCCAGAAGUCAUUCCUGUCCCCCUGCCCUUUAUAUUCUUGUUUCCCCAAAGUCUAGGGCUGUUUUUGUGGAUCUAGGCUUAGGUCUGGGGAAAUCCUGAUGGGACAGCAGGCCUUAGUCCCAAAGGGAAGCCUGUUGGCAAAAGGAACCAAGGUAAGGAGGACAAAGUCUGAGCGAUGAGGAAUUGGAUAAAUAUUUGUGACCUCUUAGGUCUUUCACCGUUUUCAUAAGACAAACAGUGACCGAGCCAGACAGGUGGAGCAUAUAAAGGAAUCAUUGAGAUCUCGGCCGCAUCCAGCCAAGGACGCGUUCGGCCGUCUCGCUCCUCCGGCUCGUGUCUUUCCGAAGCAGGGCUGCUCCCCCAAGCCACCAUGAUCCGGGCGGUGCUGCUGCUCUGCUACGUCUCGCUGGGCGCCGUGGCCGCCCUGCCCAGCAGUGUCCAGAGAGGACCCCUGAACUUGCAGCCGUCGUUCAGGGGCACUGGACAUCCCCCAAACGUGCUCUCCAGACAGGCUCCUCUCCUGGAUGCCAAGACCUGCCAGUAUCUCCUGCACACAGCCCCGUCCCUCGCCCCUCUGCCCAGGUACCUGUCGACCUUGGCUCAGGAGCUGGCCCUGGAGGAGGUUGGCUGCUCCACCGAGGCUCACAUGCUGCAGCUGCAGCUUACUGGGAUGGGAGAAAAGGACACCGCGGACACCCUCCGUGAGAUGAAAAGGCACAAGGAGGAGGGAGGGGCUGGUGACACUCAGGUGGUCCCCAGGGGCCUGGGGGUAUCUGCCGGGGAGCCGGGGCGGGUCCGGCGGUCAGUCACCCUUCCUGAGGCGUGCAAGUCUGACCGUGGCUGGGUGCUCUUUGAGACAGCAAUGCUGAUGGUUGAAUUUGCUGAGAAGCUUCCUCCCAGUGAACUGAUAACAGAGUUCAAAAACGCUGCCACCCAAGUCACCCAGCAGUGCUCGGAAGAAUCUUGGGCGCUGUUGGAAAAGCAGUGCGAAAGGCUGAUAAAAAGCCCUGAAAUUCAGAAUAUCUCGAUGCCUUUAGAAGAUCAGCUGUACUUUGUUGAGCGUUUUGUAGCCCUUUUGAUUCGCAUUUUCCUGGACGCCGUAUGGAGACAGUGGCAAACGUAUUUUGGGUAGAGCAGCCCGCCUCAGCUUCCUGAGUCUGUUCCCAGUGUCUGCGAGGACAGUGCGUCAGGCCUGGGCGCGGCAGGUGGCUGUCAGCGGAGUUUGCUGCUGUUUCCAUCCUGAUGAGCACAUGGGCCUGGAAUUCACUUCGCCCCCUUCUUCGUAGGUUCUAGCAUCGAUUUCUCCUUGCAGUUUUUCUUGCCAUUAUCAAAUAUUGUGAAUUUAUUAUAUUCUAGGCAUGAAGGGUGUUGUAAUCUUCCAUUCAUUUGCCUUUCACGUUUUAACUCUCCAGUUGGGUCCUGUGGCAUGGUUAUGUUAAUUUUAAACUGAAAAGAGAAAUGAAAAUGUGUCAGGGGUUAAGUCUCAGCCUGGUUGUAAAGUAGGGGAAUUCUCUGGCCCCAAACCUAAAAGCACAGAACCUGACCCAGGAUGGCUGAGAUGUGCCCAAGAGCAGUAGCAUUACUUCAGAACUGAGUAACUGAAAAGAACACCAGCCCCCUCAGCCUGCUUCCCAUGUAUGAAACAGAACACUCAGCGUGAUUAUAGCAGCCUGUGAUUGUCCUUGCGGUGAAGAGAAACCUGUUCACCUCAGAAGUUUUUGCCUUUCAUAAUAA